GCUGGAAGGGGUCAGGGGAACCCCAUUAUUGUGCCCUUCUGUCUGAGCCUCAGUCUCCACAUCCACACAAUGAGCAGGUCAGGUCAGCGAUGUUCAAGCGCCCAUCCUGCUCUGUUAUUCAGACUAUUUCACUCAUUCGCUCUUCGUCCAAAUUGACUUAAUUAAUUUUUCAUUAAUACCUAUGUGCCAGGCCCUCGGCUAGGCCUUGGGAACAUAGGGUGGAAACAGAAGACCGAGCCCCAUAAUAGUCAUAUCUAAUAGUCAGCCCUGUGCAGGCACCUCUCAUCCUAAUGUUGCCAAAUCUCUGGGACAGGUGCCUCCUUACCCUGUUUCACAAGUGAGGAAACUGAGGCUGGGGGAGGGAGGGACUUUCCUGCAGCCAGUGGAGCUAUGAGACCUGCCAGUCAGCCUGGCCCUCGGGCCCCUGCUCCGAACUACCGAAUCAUUCUACUUCUGGAUCUCAGAUUCUAGGAAGCUUGUUCGAGAGGUGAGGAAACCAAGGCCCAGAGAGGCAGGAGAUCUCUUUCAAAGUCUCAGAGUCUUCAACCCGCCAGCCUUAACCGAAGGUCUGGAUCCCUGACCUAGGUUCACACGGAUUUUUCUAGUGCCAGAGAGUGGCACUCUAGGCUGGGUGGAUACCACUUAGGACCUGGGCUCCUGAAAGGCUGGGCCAACCUCAGAGAGAAGGCCACAGUCACACCCAUGUUGGGGAUAAUAAUAGUGUGAGGGUCUCCUUUAGUUUGCUCACCAAAUAUUGGUGAGUUACAGGGAGCAAGUCUCUGCUACCAAAUUAAGAAAUUCCCCUAAAUUUACUGCACUGUGCAUCUGUGUCCUGAGCUGACCCUGCUCCUUCCCCCAUGAAGGCCAAGGGCACCAGAGCACUCCACAUUCUAGCCCCAGCUCCCCACCCCUGUCUGACCCUGCCUUCACCCUGGCCUGACCCCUCAUGCUCCGUGAGCCAGCUGUGCUGAGCUUCUCAGCCCUGUGUCUGCAGGGGCUGUGACCUCUCCCUGGAACUCCCCUCCUCACUUCUCUUUCUGGAAAAUCUUGUUUGUUCUUCUUGAACCUGAGACACAGGGCAAGCUAGAAAUUAGGCAGUUUCAGGGACAGUGCAGGAGGGGACCUCUGAAGAAUUUAGGGAGGCUUCAGAGAUAAGGACAACCAAGGGAAUGUAACCAAUUCCACUAGGAAAAACAAACAUCUCAGGACCAAGGACAACAUUGUUAACACUGGUCCUGGUUUCAGGUGGUAAAGGGAGGCGGAGAUUGGAGAAAUGGAGAGUGGUUUAAUUUAUGGACAACUUAGAAGGGCAGCUGUUUAACUUCAAUGCAGGGAUGCCCAUCCAGAGGACGGCCAUAAAGAUAAAGAUGCAACAAAUGGGGAAAGACAAAGCUGUUAGGUAAGGAAUGUGAAGAUCCCCCACUCAGUAGCAAAUUAAGUGAGACAGAGGAGAACUAACCAAUCACAAAGAGACUGGUGGAGCUUUAGAAUGAGAAAAAAAAGGUCUAUAUUCCCUGAGACACGACUCCACUUUGGCUUCCUUGCCCCUCCCAGGCCUGGUUCCCUGGCCUGGGAGUCCCACUUUAUUUCUGCUCUUUUUCUCCUCAAUAAACUUUUUCUUUCUCUAAACAAACCUGCCUCUUCUCACUUGCUUGCCUGAGCGUCUGCGAAGUUCCUGCUGUGGCUUCGUGAGACACCAACCCGUGGGGGUCUGGUGGCCGGGGCUCAGCGCUGUCCCUGCAGCCUGGGAUCCGUUCCUGGCUGGGAGACUAGGCCUGACAAUUCCAGUAUCAAACCCAAUCUACUCUACCUCCUUUGGACGAUCCACCCCACUUAAGGGUCCCAUUGCUAUAACUUGUCCACAUGCUUCUGCUCAGAAGAUGGGCAACAUGCCACCGGACUGGGAAGCUUCCCUGUGCCUCCCCACAGCCUUGGCCCAGACCCCAGCCCUGGGCCCCUCCAACGGCAGCUGUUCAGACGCCACAGAGACCCAGCACCUGACUGUGGUGGGGAUAAUGUUCACAGCGCAGACCUUGCUUGGUGUGGGCGCGGUGCCCAUUCAGCCCUUCGGCAUCUCCUACAUCGAUGACUUUGCCCACAACAGUAACUCACCCCUCUACCUAGGGAUCCUGUUUGCAGUGACCAUGAUGGGCCCAGGCAUGGCCUACGGGCUGGGUGGCCUCAUGUUGCGCCUGUAUGUGGACAUUGACCGAAUGCCGGAAGGUGGUGUCAGCCUGACCUCGAAGGACCCCCGCUGGGUGGGUGCCUGGUGGCUGGGCUUCCUCAUCGCCGCUGGGGCAGUGGCCCUGGCUGCCAUUCCCUACUUCUUCUUCCCGAGAAAGAUGCUCAAGGAAAAGCACGAGCUUCGCUUUCGGAGAAGGGUCUUGACAAUCGCAGCUUCCUCUGCCACCAAAGGUGAGGACUCUCCCUCCUUGCAGAGCCCUGGGGAGUCCCCAGAGAAGCAAGAUGGCUUAGCUCAGAUGGCGCCGGACCUGACUGUGAUCCAGUUCAUUAAAGUCUUCCCCAGGGUACUUCUGCGGACCCUGCGCCACCCCAUCUUCCUGCUGGUGGUCCUGUCCCAGGUGUGCAUGUCAUCCAUGGUGGCUGGAAUGGCCACCUUCUUGCCCAAAUUCCUGGAGCGCCAGUUUUCCGUCACAGCGUCCUAUGCCAACCUGCUCAUCGGCUGCCUCACCAUACCAUUGGCCAUCACGGGCAUUGUGGUGGGGGGCGUCCUGGUCAAGCGCCUCAACCUGAGUCCCAAGCGUUGUACCCUCCUCUGCCUGCUGGGGGCGCUGCUCUGCCUUCUUUUCAGCCUGCCCCUCUUCUUCAUGGGCUGCCCAACACACCAGAUUGCAGGCAUCACCCCCCCGACUGGACCCAAGCCAGGCCUGGAGCUCUUUCCACGCUGCAUGGAGUCCUGCUCCUGCUCAUCAGAUGACUUUAACCCCGUCUGCGACCUCAGCACCCACGUGGAGUACCUCACGCCCUGCCACGCAGGCUGCAGGAGCCAGCUGGGCCAGGAGGCUGUAGACAAGAGCCAGGUCUUCUACACCAACUGCAGCUGUGUGGCCGAGGGUGUCUCCGUGGUGGGGGGCUCCUGCGACUCAGCCUGCAGCUACCUGGUGCUGCCCUUCAUGCUGCUGGUCAGCCUGAGCGCCGCCCUGGCCAGCGUCACUCACACCCCCUCCUUCAUGCUCAUCCUAAGGGGCGUGAAGAAAGAAGACAAGACUCUGGCCGUGGGGAUCCAGUUCAUGCUCCUGAGAGUCUUGGCCUGGAUGCCCAGCCCUGUGAUCCACGGCAGCGCCAUUGAUACCACCUGCUUGCACUGGGCCCAGAGCUGUGGGCGUCGGGCCGUCUGCCGCUACUAUGACCACGACCUGCUCCGAAACCGGUUUAUUGGCCUCCAGUUCUUCUUCAAGAUUGGCUGUCUAGCCUGCUUCGCCUUGAUUUUGGUCAUUCUAAGGCAGCAGGACAAAGAGGAGGGGACCAAGGCGACCGUGCCCAACCCUGGCCCACAGAAGCAGUCGGUAACAUCUGGGCCAGCCCAGAAGCCGAUUGAAUCCAAAGUGUGAGCUGUCCUGGGGCCCCGCCCUGGCCGAGGCUGGCUGCCAUGGCAAGGACCGACUCUGGCCCUUGGCCCGGGACUGGGUUUGGGGAGUCCUGUACUCCAGAUCCAGCUCUUGUGCUAGCUUGUUGUGCAACUUCAGGCAUCACUGGACCUCUCUGGGCCUUUAUCUGCUCAUCUGAACCAAGGAAAUUCAAACCAAACAAACUUAGGGUUUGCUAUGUUGGCUGCUUCUAAAGCAAGAGUAUCUACCCCCUUCACUGCCCCCAGCCAGACUGACCUAAAAUCAGGCUUUCCUGGGUGGGAGGACAGAGUAUCUUUCCCCCAGGUACCCUGGGGUAAAGAAGUGGACAACAGUAGCCAGGCUAUCCUACACAUGAGCUCUAGCUCUGCUCUGUAGCUCACUAAGGGCACACUCUCUGAACUCCAGACACGUCCUCUGUCGGGUGGAAAUACACUUGCCGGCUUUCAGGCUCCCUCCAGCUGUGACCCUCUGUGUGGUCGGAAUGGACUCAGAACCUUCCCUGCUCGCCCAUUAGGCCUGGAGGUGGGGCCAGCACAGCCUCUGUCAAGAAGUAGCCAUUUGGCGCCCCCUGCAGGCAGAGAUCUGGGCUGGGCACUAAGGGGAAAACCUGGGGCCAAGGGAGAUGGUCUCACACUCAGGACAUCCAGGACCAGCAGGGCUUCCUGGGGUUGAUGUGAAUUGGGGACACAGACCCGCUCCCCGAACUCAGGAAGUCCCAGUUCCCAGAGCCACAGCUAUGGUGAAGCCUACUCACUGCCUUAGGGUUUCGGGGAGGGAGACAUAGUCCCUAUUUUCUAACUUCAAAGGCCAGACACACUAAGUACACACACUCACUCGUACCCUCGUGCUGCCAAGAGUUCACCCAUAUGACCAGGGCCCACCAAAGUCACUGUGACUUUUGUCACUAGAACCCCCAUUUCACUAUUUCCUCCCAGGGGCUCCAAUCUGUGUCACCUGGAGUUAUGGCGAUAAUGUUGGGUUUUGUAACACUUAUGUUCUGGGGAGUAAGAAGUGGCUCUCUGUGCUUUCCGGGACCAGUUCUGUAAGGACCAGUUCUCUGUAAGGCCUGUAAGGCUGGUCCUUAAGGCUGGGAACAGUCAUGUCAGGCUCGGGGUGUUAGGUAAGUCUACGGAAGGCUUGGGUCUAAACAACCGAUCCUUUUCUACAUCAGGCCUUGUCAUGUGUUAUGGCCUGUCUAUCUGAUGUAGUUAUUUACCUGUGAGGGGGAGGGAGUCUCCUGAUCAGCUCCUUGGCCAUUCUGCAGCCUCCACAUGCCCCGCUGUGGAGCAGACAGGAUCCACCAAUCCUGUGUCCAGUCCUAUGUGUCCAGUUCUGGCUGGGGGCCUGGGGAGAAGCUGGGUGGUGGGGAGGGCAGGGAAACACCUGGGUUUUGCUUUCUGAGCAGCUCCCAGUGGCUGGGCCUCGAGGCUACCCAAUGUGAGAGAGGGUGGAGGCACAGAAGUUCUAGUUCACCUUUUUAUUCUUCCGGUUGAUACCUUUAACCGUUUAACAAAUAACUGAGCCUAUAUUUAUCAAUGCCAAGAAUUUCAAAGGCUUCUCCAACAAGAUGAAGCUGUUACUAUGUUUAUAUUCUUUCUCCUUCCCUCCUGUUUCCCAGGUUUUGCUGAAAUAAUCUGAAAUUAUAGACACAGCUUAUUAUUAAAUUUGUCCUUGCAUAAUGUCUCUUCUCGUA